GGCGGGUGGCAGCGGGGCGUAGCGCCGGGCUCGCCGCCAUGCCCAAGUACUACGAGGAUAAGGAGGAGGACGGGCGCGCCUGCAGCGGCGUGAGGGAGGACCUGCGGCAGUGCCUGCUGGAGAGCCCCUGCGUCCUGCAGGAGAACAAAAGCCCUAAACAAUGCUUGAGGGAAGGACACUGUAGGAGUUUGCAAGUGACAUUCUUUGCAUGCAAAAGAUCAAUGUUGGAUACCAGGGCAAGAUUCAGAGGAAGGAAGGGAUACUGAAGUCCUCAUCAAGAGAUCUCACCAUGGAAAUUUGGGGUUCAUCAGCACUCUACACAAAACAGAGACUAAAAUAAGAAGAUGGUACCUGCUGCAUCCUUUCAUGCAGUGUUUUCAUGGAAGGUAUCUACUCCUGAGUAUUCCAACAGAUUGACCUGGAUGUGCAUUUAAAUGUUAAAAAGAAGGCAAGGAUAAAGCUACAAGUUCUGGCCAAAAUGAGUACCUGUCAUGUACUUGCAAUAAAAAUGUGAAAUCCAGAACAAGCUGCAGAAGUUGUAAUUCUGUUUUGAAGUAAAGUUGUCAUUUGUGACUCUACUGUAAAUUCUGAUAAUCUUUUACUAUUAGAAAUAAUACAAGGUAUGGAACAACACUUGAUGUGUUGAGGAAGAGUUUCCUUAGUAGAUGAGUAUCUCAGGGGGUUUCUCAGAAUAGAACUAUUUUCAGAGACGAGGAACUGACCAAGGUUGUAAAAUGUGUGUGCAAGGUGCUUCCUCUCCAGUAAAUUUGCUACCCAAUAAACAUGUAAUAGAUGGGAGUGGUGCUGUUUUUCAGUCCCACACUGCUAAGGAAGUGGGAUUUAUGGGAGUAAGAAGCAUUAAAUAGUGCUUAAACCAUGACUGUGGUAAAUGUUAAGUGGUUCUGCAUAAGACCUGCUUUUCCAGAGGAACAUUUCCUUUUUCUUCCUUCAGUGUCCCCACCUCUUUAAGUGUCAAACCUUUAAGAAAUAGAUGGUGUUGUAACUCUUACAUGUGGAAACUCAAAUCAGACUAGUUGAUUAGAAGUGAGAUGAGGAAAUAGUGAGAGGGGAGAGAGCCAUAGUAAAUUCUUUUCUUGGCUGAAUUUAUAGCCAAGUGUCUGAUACACAUUCAGUCUGAACAGAUGUAUGCAAUGCUUUUUGUUUCUAAAGCUGAUGACUUCAGUGAAGGAGCACAUGUUGACUAUUUAAUUUUGUCUGUCUUAAGCAACUGUUCUGUAAUGAGUCAGAGAAUGUUUGUAUUCCUUGUGUGUGUAGGACCUUAUUUUUGCCACCUAAAUUAACUCUGAUUUCACAUUUCUGUGUUCUAUUGAUCAUGUGGAAGCUAGUUCAUUUGUUCAAGUGCUGUAAGCAUCCUUUGUUUUCCACAGCCUACUUACCAUAUUAGCUUUAUACGUACACUAAAAUGAUAAUUUAUGUCUAUAAGAGUAUUUUUAUCUUAACACACUAAUUCCAAAGUAUUACUCACAAGCCUUUUCCAUGGGGAAAAACAUAAAAAAGGUACUAAAAAUAAAUAUAAAGCCAGAUGGUAGGUAUUGAAAUGUCAGUUAGAGAGAGGAGUGGGAAUGGUAUGGGAGUUUGGUAGUCAGGGACUCUUUCAUGGUGUGCCCUAAUGCAUGGGUUUGUAUAUUGAUUGUUCAAGUGAUCUUUGUUCCUUUCUCAGCCAUAAUCACUAAGCCUCUCCUAUUGGUGCUGCAGCAACUCCUUUUGGAAGGGAGCAGAAACAUUGCUGCAUCAUAGACAGACACAUAGUUAUUUCUAGUAAUCAGCUCGAUCCAGUGGACAUCAAGUGUUAAAAUUAAAUCUGUUGGAUAUUUGUGGAUUUAAUAAUUAACAGAACACAUGUAUUAUUUGAUCCAAUAGAAUGUUAGUGUCAAAACUUCCUAAUGGUUCACUAAACUACCUAGGACAGUAUGAAAAUACUGUAACAGGAAUCAAAAUACUGAUUUGCUCAAGAGACUUAUUAAGUUCCAAUAUUGUGUAACAUAAUACUCUAUCUAAAGAUAAGUAAUUAUAUAAUUGUCUUGGGACUUUGAGCAUUGUCCUACUUGAGAGAUAUUAAUGCUCCUUUGAGAAAAAUAAUUCACUUCAUUAAUGCCCUAAAGCCUAUGCAUUUGAUUGCAGCUUUUCCCCUAAUGCACAAAAUGUUUUUAUUUAAAUAUAUUCAUGUUUUUGUUUCAUGCGUUGUGCUACAUUACUGACUUUUACUGAAACAAAUGCAUUUUUCUGUUCUUUGGUAGAUUCUGCAAGAGGGGAUCUGUGAAAUUGAGUUGAUGAGGACCAAUGGUUGGCAUGGUGCCAAAAGGCUAAUACUAGUUUCAGGAUCCCAAAUAUAAGCUGUGCUAAUAAUUUGUGUUGAAUAAGUAAAGAACAGGGUUUGCAAGGACCUCACUGCUGCUCUUGUUCCUCUCAUUUGUUUUCCAUGAUGGAGAGUCAGAGGGUGCUAAAUGCUGCUGAGACUGACAUCUCAGCUCUGUCAGUGUUAGGGCCUGUCUGUGUUACAACAUUCUGUUUCAGCAAUUUAAAUGUUCUCUCUGUGGUCCAAUCCUGCAAACAUGGUUCUAUUUACAGAGCUGUAAGCACAUAUUGCAGAACUGCUCACAUGUUUAUGACGAUAAAAAAUAGGCUGUGGUCAUUUACUCUGAAAAUUCUUUAGGCUGUUAAUUGUUCUUUCAAGUUAGUACAUAGUGAUAAGCAUAUGAGUCUGUUGAACAAAGACCCACUUGUACAUAGCUUGAAAAGUAAGAGAAGGGUUGGUGUUUAAAAAGUAUCACACAUCUAGUAUGUAAGAUGUGCUUCUCAGAAGGAAAGACAAAGUAUCUUUAUAAAACCCUCACUUUUGAAAUAUUUUCUGCACCCAGAUUAGGUGCAUUUGUAUUAUAAAGGGCUUCAUGAUUCACUGUGGCACAAGGAAUUGAUUCUCCAGUCUCUUUUCACUUCUUCAAGUUUCUGGAGAGUAGCAGGUUGGAUGAGAUGCUUUUUUUCAAAGAAAACAUUUAAAAUUAUAUGUUUUCAGUGAAAGCCUGGAACAAACUAGCUUGACACCUUCUACUCAUAAGAGCAGCAUUAAAUGAAGUCAUCAUCUAAAAAUGCAGCCACAGAACGUAGGUGGUAAGCAAUAUCUGUUGUUCAAGCCUGUGGUUAGAAAAUUUACAAAUACAGAACUGUAGCAGCUUUGUUAACAUGAUGAAUUUUACACUGCCUUGAUAUGUCGUCAUUUAGAAUAUGUGUAUUUAUUGUAAAUAUGUUUCUUGUCUAAAGCUGAAGAGCACAACAGCUUAAUUCCAGUCAUAAAUUGUAGUUGACAGAAUAAUAACCAGAAACCUUAAGAUCCUUUCCCAUUUUUCUUUUUCCAAAUCUACCUGCUGAAUUUUGUGUCUCAGGCAUGGUUUUAUUGCAGAUAUCUUGAGAAAAUCAUUAACUGGUUAUUUCUGUAAGUUGCACACUUCACAAUUACUUGGUUGACAGUCUGUAGGAAGAAAAUUCUGUAAACAUAGGAGCUUCUUGAAGUGGACUAUGCUUUAUUUUCAGGAUUUACUGAAGAUUCAUUUAUAAUGUUCUUGAACACUGAAAGUGGAAGAAUAAAAAAGGUUAGCAUUUUAACAGUUGCUUAAUUAGGUCAGUAGAAGGUGAUAUAUUUCAAGUAAUAAUGUAUUUUAGUAGCUGAACACUGGAAAUAUAUUUUAAUGUCAAGCUGAGGUUGGUGUGUCCUGAUGGAGGCUUUCAGAUGCAAUAUUCUUUUUUGGCUGACCUGUAGGUACUAAUGGGCUGCAGUGAAAUAGAAUGGAAUAAUUUCCCUAAAGAUUUUUUAGUAACAGAGGAAAUGAUACAAGUAAAUCUCUGUGACCUAGAACAGGAUUUUAAAAAUCUGCAAUAUUGCUACUAUUGCUUUGAAAGGAGCCAUAGAAAAAUAGCAAAGCAGAAAUUGGCUCAUAAUUAAUAAGUUCUAAUGAUAAAUUGUGUUACUGUAAAAUUGUAUUGUUUCCUUUCAUUACCACUCCAAGGAAGAGGAAUAUGAACUUUUUGUAGUCAAUUUGUGACAGGAACUUUUGAGGCUUUUUUGGUGGGGAAAGUUUUGAAGUCUUUCUGAGGUCACAAAGGUCUAGUAUUUAUUAGCUGUUUUCUCAAGCUUUGGUUCUGUAGCAGCUUUACCUCACUAAGGUUCAUAGCAGGAUGAUUUCUGGAAUUCAGAGUGGGAAGAAAUCUGUUACAGGUUGUUGGGUUGUUGGCACGCUGAGGAAGAUGAGAGUAAAUAGUGCAUUGAGGAGAUUGAUUAUUGGAUAUGUAAAAAUUUGUAUUGCUCAAUUUGUGGGCAAAAACUUCAUAAAGCCUUUUAUCAGCUGAGACUGGACAUUCAGGUCCCUUCCUGCUUUAUAUUAGUAAUUAAAGUAAGAGACACCUAGUCUGACCUUCUGUGAAGCUUUUUAUGCCAGAGAAAGGUAUCAGCUCUUGAAAAUGGCAUAAAAUCUGAUUAUGUUUUCUCUUGAUAGAAUGUUUCAAUAGCCAGUAAUCCCUCUAUAGAAAGAGCAUGUCUGUCUUAUGAUCAGAAUUUGACUUCAGUUUUCACUUCUGGGAGAAGAAGAGAAGAUGGCUCUUCAAAGAGUUUAGUAGUAUCUUAUGUUUUCCUGCUGUAAUGCAUUUGAAAUUUAAAAAAUUGAAAAGAAAAAGAUGCAAUGAAAUGCAUGGAUUGACUCCCCAAACUUG